CGACGCGUUCUUCAACUUUUCAAGCCAACUCUCCAGCUCGAUCCUUAACGUAUGUCCUCGGAAGGAUUGAGUUUGGCCCUCGCGGUCCCCGCAACCUAUACGUUUCUUACAAUUACUCUCAUCUUUUUGAUGCUUUCUGGGACGUUUCUGCCUAUGCAAUGUUGUUGCUGCAAAAAGAAGAAAAAAAAGAGAUUGGUUCGACCACAGCCUGCUCCUGCUGCAACGGAGGCUCCAUCAGCACAACAAACGGUUGGACAACAGCAAGGUGUUAGGAAGUCUGUCAAAAAGCCAAGCGAGAAACCAAAAGAGAAGAAGGAAGGAUCAAAAAGGUCAAGUAAAGGACCGGAAAUGAUUGACGAGCGAAAAGAAGAAAAACAAAAGCAAUUGGCACAGACAGCAGUUGGCCUUCCAAAAAUGAAAGACGACAAACACGACUCGGGAAUGGCAGAUGGUGGUGGCUACAUGACAUUGGACAAAUUAGAUCAAAAUAUAUUUGUCCAGCACCUUCCAAAAUUAACGCCAAAACUGGGUCCGCCAAAAAUGGUUGAUGAGGCACCUGGACAGAAAGGAAUUGCUGAAGGGGCUGAAUACCAAACUCUUGGGAAGCUGGACAUGAAUAGUAUAUUCGGGACUGCCAAGGGGUCAACGAAGAAAGAGAAGAACAAAAAGAAAUCAAAGGAUACCAACCAAACACAGGACACAGCCGAACAAACAGAUGAAACCGAACAUACAGAAGCAUCGACCGUUGAAGUAACAAAAAGUGAAGAGAGGAGUUUGGCUGAGAGCAAGAAGAAGAACAUUUCAACGAAGAAAAAUAUUUCCAAAAAGCUUCAGAAAAGUAAAAUUAGUUCUACUCACAAAAAGGAUAAAAAUGACACAAAGAAGGAGAAGAAGCCUCAUCAUCAUCAUAAGAAAGGAAGCAGCAAUGAAAAGACAAAGUCUCAGCCAUCUCUAAAAGAAGAGAUCAAAAAGGAGGAAAGUAGUAUGGGUGAUACAGCUGGUUAUGAGACGCUGAGCAGUCUUGACCGUGCCAUAUUUACACAAAAUAGCUCCGCGACAAAAUCUGUUGGCGGCGAAGAUGAUGAGUAA